AUGUGGAGGGACAAUGAGACACGAAUGACAGGUUUCAUUCUCGUGGGACUCUUCCCGGAAUUCCAGCACCGCAGCUUCCUCGUCUCCGUCGUCCUCCUGGUCUACCUCGCUGCCUUCACCGCGAACGCUGUCUUGAUCCUGCUGAUUUGGGUGGAUUCCCGCCUCCACAUCCCCAUGUACUUCCUGCUCAGCCAACUGUCUCUCUUGGACUUGGCCUUGACGUCCACCACCACCCCUAAGAUCGCGUCUGAUUUCUUCUCGGGGAAGAGAACCAUCUCGUGCGUCGCCUGUGGAAUCCAGAUGUUCUUGUACCUGACCAUAGGGAUUGCCGAGUGCCUCCUCCUGACCCUCAUGUCCUACGACCGCUACGCGGCCGUCUGUCACCCCCUGCGCUACCCGGUCCUCGUGAGCCCCGGCGUCUGCCUGCAGAUGGUCAGCGGGUCCUGGAUCGGGGGGACGCUGUCUUCCCUGGUCCUCACCGUCUACGCGGCGACUCUCCCCGUCUGCGGCUCCCGGGAGAUCCACCAGUACUUCUGCGAGCUGCCCAGCGUGGUGAAGUUGGCCUGCGAGGACACCUCGGCGUUCGAGAUGGCGGUGUUGGUUUCGGGCGUCGGGUUCCUCCUCGUCCCGGUGAGCCUCAUCGUGGCGUCCUACGCCCUCAUCUUCCUCUCCGUCCUGCGCAUGGACUCCAGGGAGGGCCGGAGGAAGGCUCUGACCACCUGCUCCUCCCACCUCACCGUGGUCACCCUCUACUUCGGCCCGGGGAUCUUCAUCUACAUGACCCCCGGCCCCUCCCACGCCCCCGACCAGAACCAGGGUGUCUCUCUGUUCGGGACGCUCCUCACCCCCGCCCUGAACCCCCUCAUCUACAGCCUGAGGAACAGGGAGGUGUCGGGGGCUCUGACCAAGGUGUUGGGAAAGUGUGUCGUCUUGCGGUGGGGCAAGAAGAAUUUUCGGCAGUGA